GCCACACACUUUCUCUCGAGAUGUUAUUAGUUAGUUGGUGCACCGUGACAUGGUGAUAGUGAAUUAUAAUUGGUGUAAAGCACGAUCGCGUGACUAAUCAAUAAUUUUUCCUCAUUCUCAUCAGUGGUGCAUUAGUAGUGGACUCUCAUCAUACACACUUUCUCUAACCGCCCCAUUUUCACUCCUCGAAGGUCUCACCGCCAAAAAUGGUGAUCGGAGCAUUCUCGCUGGCGCCGGUAUAUCUAUUCCGUUGUUCGACGAUGAAGAAGAAGAGGAUGGAACGAAGGCAAGACCGCGUUGUCGGAAGCCUAGGGCAUUUGGUUCAGGUGGUUCGCAAGGACGUUGAGUUCUUCAAGAAUCGAAUCAGUAAUGGCGUCGACUGGGCCAAUCGAGCUCUUCGCAUUCCUCAGCUCUCCAAAGCCCUAGACGACGUUAUAUGGCUUCGCAACCUCGAAGAUCCCCAUGCCCCUCCCUUCACCCCUCCUUCUUGGCCUCAACCUUACUAUCCAGAACUCUCCAGCGUGGAUUUGAUCUUGGCUGAUCUCAAAGCCUUGGAGGCAUAUGCUAGCUACUUUUACCAUCUGUCUAAGUUGUGGACUAAGCCACUUCCCGAGGUCUAUGAUCCGGAAGAAGUUGCUGACUACUUCGCUUGCAGGCCUCAUGUUGUGGCUCUUCGACUUCUUGAGGUGUUUUCUUCAUUUGCUUCUGCUGCAAUCAGAAUUCGAAUCUCCGGGGUCAAAAAGGUUUCUAGGUCAAGCAUGGAUAGGAAUAUUGACGGAGAUGUUACACAAUACGAUUUUGGGUUGGUGCUAAAAGAAACAAUGCUAAAUCUGGGACCCACCUUUAUCAAAGUUGGUCAGUCCCUUUCCACAAGGCCAGAUAUCAUUGGUUCUGAAAUUUCAAAGGCAUUGUCUGAGCUGCAUGAACAAAUCCCUCCUUUUCCCAGGACGAUGGCAAUGAAGAUCAUUGAGGAAGAAUUAGGUUCCCCUAUAGAAACAUAUUUUAGCCACAUCUCAGAGGAACCUGUCGCUGCAGCUUCAUUUGGUCAGGUUUACAGGGGGCGUACAAUUGAUGGUUUUGAUGUCGCGGUGAAAGUUCAACGUCCUAAUUUGCGACAUGUGGUAGUUCGAGAUAUUUAUAUCCUGCGCCUUGGGCUGGGGCUGCUGCAAAAGAUGGCAAAAAGGAAAAGUGAUCCUCGCCUUUAUGCUGAUGAGCUUGGCAAAGGCCUAGUUGGGGAGUUGGAUUACACUUUAGAGGCUGCAAAUGCUUCAGAGUUUAUGCAAGCUCAUGCUUCCUUUCCAUUUAUUCGUGUUCCGAAAGUUCUUCAGCAUUUAAGUCGAAGGAGAGUUUUGACUAUGGAGUGGAUGGUUGGUGAUAGUCCAAGAGAUUUAAUUGACAUAGCUGCUACAGAGUCUAUUGAUCAUGGGUCCAGCUAUUCAAAGCGGCAGCAGAUUGAUGCUAAAAGACGUCUUCUUGAUUUGGUUAACAAAGGAGUGGAGGCAUCACUGAUUCAACUCCUUGAAACUGGCUUAUUGCAUGCUGAUCCACAUCCUGGAAACUUGCGUUACACAUCAUCAGGAGAAAUAGGGUUUCUAGACUUUGGGCUGCUUUGUCGCAUGCAAAAGAAGCAUCAGUUGGCCAUGCUUGCAUCCAUAGUGCACAUAGUAAAUGGUGAUUGGGCAUCCCUUGUUCUUGCUCUAACUGAUAUGGAUGUUGUGAGGCCAGGAACUAAUAUCCGGCUUGUUACCAUGGAUCUGGAAGAUGCCUUGGGAGAGGUAGAAUUUAAAGAUGGAAUCCCAGAUGUCAAGUUCAGUAGGGUUUUGGGUAAAAUCUGGUCUGUAGCCUUCAAGUAUCAUUUCCGCAUGCCACCAUACUAUACGCUAGUCCUUCGUUCUCUUGCUUCCUUGGAAGGUUUGGCAGUAGCUGCAGAUCCAAAUUUUAAGACAUUUGAAGCUGCGUACCCCUAUGUUGUUCAAAAACUUCUCACUGAUAAUUCAGCUGACACAAGGAGAAUUCUACAUUCGGUUGUUUUAAACAGAAGGAAAGAAUUUCAGUGGCAUAAGCUCUCUCUUUUCUUAAGAGUAGGAACAACCAGGAAAGCAUUGUACCGGGUGGUAGCAUCAAAUGGUGAAACUUCUCUCAAUUAUUCAGCAAAUGGAGGUACGAGGGUGUUUGAUAUUGCAAACUUGGUCCUGAGAUUCCUCCCAUCUAAAGAAGGCGUUGUGAUGAGAAGACUCCUCAUGACUGCAGAUGGAGCUGCAUUAGUCCGAGCAAUGGUUUCGAAGGAAGCAAUUAUCUUCCGCCAACAACUUUGCAGCGUAAUUACCGAUAUAAUAUACCAACAGAUGUUCAAAACUUUUGGACAAGGCACUACCAUCACUCGGUACAGUCCUCGAGUGAGUGUGGCAAGUGGGCCUGACAACCAAGAGCUUAAUUCAUCUUCCAUCCGUGAUUAUCAGUACAUCCUUAGGGAUAGGCGGCUCAAAGUGAUUUUAUUAAAGGUACUCGACUCUGCAAGGAAAGAUCCGAUGUUGAUGUUGAGGUUUUUCUGGGCUUCCUUUGUUAUGAUGUUCACAGCUUCGGCUUUGGCUUUUCAUCGGAUGCUAAUCUCCUUGUCUGAAACUUACUUGGGUCCAGUUUCAUUUCCAUCGAAGAGAUAUGCUUUCACUACGUAGUGUUUUGUAGUGCAAUUUUCUCUAUUGUGUUGAUUAUGUCGAGAAUACGUUGAGAGAAAUACUAACCUCAGAAGGCUGAUAGGAAGACCAGUGUUUAACCCGAGAAGGUCGAUAUGAAGAUUUGUCUCAAACUCGUGGUAAGAUGAGAAGACUGAUAUGAUCCAAGGGCUGUGCUAAAUCUGAAAAGUGGUCUGAGUGAUGAGGGUUUCAUUUGAGAUCGGCAUAUUUAUAAUAAGAAAUUUGUAUAGUAACUUGUAAUAUAAAGGAGCUGCCUUUAUUAUUUUAUUUAUUGUUAUAUAUAUUUAUAUAUAUUUUGUGUUGGGUACUGUGGAUGCUAUUUUCGUAGUCAAAUUUACAUUGCUUA